CUCUUGUCCAGGUCCCUGCGCCACACGACGCAUUCGUGUUCCGUUGCUCGUGCUGUUGUCUGUUGGAGGAGCCCUCGCCGCCCUCGCCGCCCCGCUUCUGUGCACCAUGCCGGUGGACCUGAGCCAGUGGACCGGGCCCCUGAGCCUGCGGGAGGUGGAGGAGAAGCCGCAGCGCCCGCUCAGCGUCAAGUACGCGGACUGCGAGAUCCUCGAGCUGGGUCAAGUGCUGACGCCCACGCAGGUGAAGGGCCGUCCGGUCAGCAUUGGAUGGCAGGGCUGCGACCCCUCGAAGCUCUACACUCUGGUCCUCACAGACCCAGAUGCUCCCAGCAGGAAGGACCCCAAAUUCCGGGAGUGGCACCACUUCCUGGUUGUCAACAUGAAAGGCAGCGAUAUCAGCAGUGGAGAUGUCCUCUCGGAUUACGUGGGCUCUGGCCCACCCAAGGGAACAGGUCUUCACCGCUAUGUGUGGCUGGUUUAUGAGCAGAGUGGGCCACUCAAAUGUGAUGAACGUGUCCUGAGCAACCGUUCCGGGGACCACCGGGGCAAAUUCAAGGUGGCUGCCUUCCGUGGCAAGUACAAGCUUGGGCCCCCCGUCGCUGGCACGUGCUACCAGGCUGAAUGGGACGAUUAUGUGCCCCGGCUCUAUGAGCAGCUGGCAGGGAAGUAGGCCCUGUCAUCACAUGACCCCUCCCCAGGCAGUGGCAUCUAAGGGGCGGUGUGAGCAGAUGCCCCCUCCCCCUUACUCCCACAGGCUUGACUUGCUCAGUCAUUGACUGGCAUGGAGUCUUUUCCUUCUGAUGGUGGAGGGGGGGGCCCGGGUGUAGGAUAUGGGAACUUGCUUUCAGUGAUGUCAGCUUGCUGGCUUAGUGGGCGGGGGGGGGGGGGGGGGAAUUGAGAUGUUAGUAAAAGUCAUGAUCUGAUUCCUAGCAUCCUAGUGGAGAAAUAGAAAUAAUCUGUAAAGAUGCUGAUAGCUGAACAUAGGUAGAAUGUUGAGAUUCCGCUAUCUUUGUUACAUCUUUGUGCUUCCUGUCCCUGGUGUCACAUCCUUUUCUUCUGAGAUCUUUAUGGACAGAAACUGAUUUUGGAGGGUCCAAGAUCCUAUUUCAUGGCAAGUUUUCUCUUCCAGGAGAAUCAGAUCAGUGGGGUUCUUGGCCAAUGCUUCCUCAUUUAAAAAGGUUCUAAGCGAAUUUAAACCAGCCUUUGUGAAGCAGCUUAGUGGGUCCAUUUGUGUCAUUUGCAGCUGGAAAGGCAGCGGUGGGCUUCACUAAACUCCCAUUCCCCUGCCAUUCCCUGAGUUGAGAAGUGUGCAUGGCUGGGUUUUUGGGUUAGACAUGUUUGCUGUACUCACAUUUUGGUGUUAAAUCUGCUGCAAGUCUUCGUUGUAAGAGAAGCAGGACUUGACUUACAAACAUUUGUGUUUAAUUCUGCUGUUUGCUUAUUGUUGAAUUAAAAAAAUGGAAUAACCUG